CAAAACAUAACCCAGGCACGGAAGCUCAUUUAUUGUCACAGCUUUCGACCAACAAGCUUGAAUGAAGUGCAUGCAGUGAUCUAUAAUUAUGAUUCCAUACACUGUCAACAUCAAACUCGCAGCUCGGACGUUGACUGGCACUCUCAAUUUGCAGAAUAAAACCGCAGUGGAUUGGGGCUGGCAGGGGCUGAUAGCUCAGGGAUGUCACUCUAGUAUUCUCAUUAUCGAUCCAAAGACAUCACAGACCAUCCAAGUGCUGGAAAGACACAAAGCCAAUGUGGUCAAGGUGAAGUGGUCGAGAGAAAAUUACUACCAUAACCUGAGUUCGCCCUACUGUUUGCGACUGGCCUCCGGAGAUGCCUCUGGAAAGAUAAUAGUGUGGGAUGUCGUUAGUGGCACUGCCCAUUGUGAGAUUCAAGAGCACUCCAAACCCAUCCAGGAUUUGGAGUGGCUGUGGAAUCAAGAUGUGUCCCGUGAUCUGUUGUUGGCCGUGCAUCCACCUAACUACAUCGUUCUGUGGAAUGGUGACACAGGAACCAAGUUGUGGAAGAAAAGCUAUGCUGAAAACAUCCUCUCUUUUUCUUUUGACCCAUUUGACCCAUCCAACAUGGCAUUGCUGACGAGCGAAGGAAUAGUCUUCAUCUCAGACUUUUCCCACUCAAAACCACCAGGAAGUGCGGGCAAAAAGGUUUACAUUGCAAGCCCUCACGCAAGCCCUGCCCACACCAAGCCUGCACCCACCUCUGCCCCGGCUCCUACUGGUGCCAAGAAGGCUCUGAACAAGGUCAAAGUGCUAAUCACCAAUGAAAAGCCUACCGCAGAGGCAGUGACUUUGAAUGACUGCCUGCAGCUGUCUUACCUGCCAUCCAAAAGAAACCACAUGUUGCUGCUUUAUCCCAGAGAGAUCCUCAUCCUGGACUUGGAGCUCAGCCAGACUGUGGGAGUUGUAGCCAUUGAGCGAUCCGGAGUACCCUUCAUCCAGGUGAUCCCCUGCGCCCAGAGGGAUGCCUUGUACUGCCUCCAUGAGAACGGCUGCAUCACGCUUCGUGUGUGCCGUUCCACUACAGCUCUUGAAGAAGUAUCAGGAAUGGCAGACCAAGAACAAAGUGCCCAGGAGCUUGUGUAUGACCUCCGCUCUCAGUGUGAUGCUAUCCGAAUCACCAAGACUGUCCGGCCAUAUCGCCUGGUUAUCUGCCCUGUUAACGAAAACAAUGCUGCUCUCAUGGUCAGCGAUGGUAGAGUCAUGCUAUGGGAGCUUAAAGCCUUCACAGGAAGAGCUUCUGUCAAUCCAAGUUCAGGUUUGUCCCCACUCUACUCCCCGGUGUCUUUUUGUGGAGCUCCGCUGGCUCCAAACCAGAAACAUAUUCAGAAUCUCUCUCUCAACAGCAUGAUAGGUCAAACUUUGAUAGCUGGUGAGGCCCCUCUUCCAUCCUUCAACCAGCAAGAAGUCCAGCUGAAGUUUCUGUUGACUGGCCUCCUCUCUGGUUUGCCACUGCCACCCUUUGCCAUCCGCAUGUGUCCACCUCUAACAACCAAAAACAUCAACCACUACCAACCUAUGCUGGCUGUUGGCACCGGUAAUGGGUCUAUACUGGUCUACAACCUUACCAGUGGUCUUCUCCACAAGGAGCUCAGUGUCCAUUCUUGUGAAGUCAGGGGUAUUGAGUGGGUGAGUCUCACCAGCUUUCUAUCUUUUGCCACUUCUUCUCCGAACAACAUGGGCCUGGUUCGAAAUGAGCUGCAGCACGUCGACAUGCCUACUGGACGAUGUUUUGCAUUCAGAGGUGAGCGAGGAAAUGAUGAGCCACCCAUUGAGAUGAUGAAAGUUUCACAUCUAAAGCAGUACUUGGUAGUGGUGUUCAGAGACAAACCGCUGGAGUUGUGGGACAUCAGGACAGGGACACUUCUUCGAGAGAUGGCAAAGAACUUCCCUACUGUUACAGCUCUGGAGUGGUCCCCAUCGCACAACUUGAAGAGUCUAAAGAAGAAGCAGAUGGCAGCAAGGGAGGCCAUGGCUCGGCAGACUGUGUCAGAUGCUGAGCAAAAUACGGUUGAAUCCUCCGUUAUCAGUCUGCUUCAGGAUGCAGAGAGCAAGUCAGAGACCAACCACCCCAUAUCUGCCAGGGAACAUUUUGUGUUUACUGAUACAGAUGGGCAGGUAUACCAUAUCACUGUAGAGGGCAACACUGUAAAAGAUGGUGCCCGUAUCCCUCCUGAUGGCAGUAUGGGUAGUAUUGCUUGCAUUGCUUGGAAAGGUGACACCCUGGUGCUCGGUGAUGUGGAUGGAAAUCUUAACUUCUGGGACCUUAAAGCACGUUUGUCCAGGGGAAUACCAACUCACCGUGGCUGGGUGAAGAAAAUCCGUUUUGCACCAGGAAAAGGCAACCAGAAACUCCUGGUUAUGUACACCGAUGGCGCAGAGGUCUGGGACACCAAAGAGGUCCAAAUGGUUAGCAGCAUGCGAAUUGGUCGCAACGUAAACUAUCGCGUUUUGGACAUUGACUGGUGCACUUCAGACAAAGUCGUGCUGGCUUCAGAUGAUGGCUGUAUUCGAGUGUUGGAGAUGGCAAUGAAGUCCGCUAGUUAUCGUAUGGAUGAACAAGAUCUCACCGAUUCAGUGUGGUGCCCCUACCUGCUGCUACCUCGAGCUGCCCUCACUCUCAAGGCUUUCCUCCUACUGCAGCCCUGGUCGGGGACCUUCACUAUGGACAUUACACAAGUAGACUACAAUGAGAAAGAUGAGAUAAAAGGUCUGAUCCAGGAGCAGCUCAAUUCUUUGUCAAAUGACAUGAAGAGUGUGCUGCAGGACCCAGAGCUCAGCCUGCUGCAGCGGUGCCUCCUGGUCUCACGGCUGUUCGGGGACGAGUCUGACCUUCACUUUUGGACAGUGGCUUCACACUACCUCCAGUCAUUUGCACAGGCUCGUCAGCUCAGUGUGGCCACAGCGGACGGUCAAGUUCAAAGUGAAUUAGCCCAGCAGUCUCCUCAGAAUCACCUGGACAUCUGCCAUGACAUGUUGUGUGAGAGCUCCUAUUUCCAGAAAUUCCAGUUAGAUCGUGUUCACCUGCAGGAAGUGAAGCGCUCCAAUUAUGAGCAUACUAAGAAAUGUGCUGACCAACUCCUUCUUCUGGGUCAGACGGAUCGUGCUGUACAAUUACUGUUGGAGACGAGUGCAGACAAUCCCAGCUACUACUGUGAUUCCCUCAAGGCCUGUUUGGUGACCACCAUCACCUCAUCUGGUCCCUCCCAGUCCACCAUCAAACUCGUGGCCACUAACAUGAUUGCCAAUGGCAAGUUAGCAGAGGGGGUGCAGCUGCUGUGUUUGAUUGACAAGGCUGUGGAUGCUUGCCGCUACCUACAGACCUACGGGGAGUGGAACCGUGCUGCCUGGCUUGCUAAGGUGCGUCUCAGCCCAACGGAGAGUUCAGAUGUGCUGAAGCGAUGGGCGGAGCAUCUGUGCUCCCCACAGGUCAACCAGAAGUCCAAAGCCAUGCUGGUGCUGCUUUCCUUGGGCUGUUUUUACAAAGUGGGAGAGAUGCUGCACAGUAUGAGGCACUUUGACUGCGCCGCUCUGUUUAUCGAAGCCUGCCUGAAAUACGGUGUCAUGGAGGCCAACGACUCAUCUAAUAAACUCAUAGAGACCGCGUUUUUGGACUACGCACGGCUGCUGCGCUCGCUCGGCCUGCGCGAGGGAGCCGCUCUGUGGGCGUCGCGGGCCGGCACCGCAGGCGAGCAGCUGAUGGAAGAGCUCUUCAAGGGGGAGGGAGGAGGGCCUGAGGUCGUGCUUGACGACGACGAGCCCAAGGUGGCGACUGACUCUUGAAGACGAACGCACUAACUACUAAGAAUUCACCUCGACCAGAGAAUUAUGGUUAUAAUCUCUUCAUCGUGAAAGGACAGCAAGAGAUAAAGAGGUCCGAUGUGUCGUUUGUCAGUUCAUUCAUGGUCUUGCCGUGUCUGUGGCUAUGGCGAGUUUGACAUUGUGUAAUGUUUUUGUUGUUAUGGUGGGAACAUCCUUUGUCUGCAGCUGUGUUUGCAUGUGGCUGCUUCAAAAGAAUCUCUUUUAUUCCCCCAACAAGUGAAGUAAUGCACAUUGUUGUUGACUUGAUGUCUGUUGAAUUGAACUUUUAAUCUGGUGGUUUUGAGUUAUUACGUGUGCCUGUGUUGAAUACAUUUGAGAAAACAUUUUAAUUUGUUGUUCUACUGCUGUGAUGAAAUGUGGUAACAGGUUGCCACAUUCAUGCUGUGCAUGCACUGCCUUGUUAGGUUACUGUCACCAUUAACCUACUCCAUCAUUGAAUUCCAAAAUCUUGCACAUGUAAGUUACCUUUAAAGAAUAAUCAUUUGCACGACCCUUUCCAGUAGCUGAGAGCCUCAGUGCGACCCUACAGAGGAGCUUUGACAUUAAGUGACCAAAUCCUGGUUAUGCACAAUCCCUUCCUGUUAGACACUUAUAUGUACAAUGUAGCACAAUAAUAUCCACGACCGAACCCAAUUUUGAGUUAAAAUUAAUUAUUUGAUGAAUGGAUAUCCUUUCCUGUAAAUGACAGAAGGGUCAAAAGACUAUGAUAUUUAUAUACACUAUAGAUUCAUAACCUUUAAACAGGCAUAUCCAGUGUUCUACAUUGAUAGUGGAUUAGAGUGCUGUAGAAGUUGCUAGGAUCCUUUUGAAUGGUGCAAAAGAUUGUCUCCUCAAAAAUAUGAGCAUAUGAAUAAUUUGUCAAAUUGGUAUGGUAAUAUAUUUAUCAUCCAUCGAGUUUCCAUUAUGCUUAUCGUGACUUGGAACAUAACUUUCUUUUUUUUCUGUCAUUUCUACUCAUUCAACAAAUAACAAUUCACUUUAAGUGUAAAUUUGGCCUGGUUAAGAAAAUGUUUUGGGACUUUGCAUAUUCACACAGAUCAGAAGAGGCUGAGUGUUUGGCUUGGUAUUUGUAGACUAUUUGAUGGCUGCUUUCGACAUGAUGACAUUGUUAGCAUUUGUCGGAUAGAUCGUUUUCACACACGUAAUCUGUCUUGCUCGGGUUGAUGCACACUUAAGAGGGUUGUAACUUGUCGCCAUGCCUGCUCUGCGCCCCCCCAACCCCACCCCCCGCUCUCUUUUCUACUAACGGCUCUCUGCUCAUCCAAACCAUACGCAUGACAAUGUAUUGACAGCCCUUGUGUGUUUAUCCACCUUGUGACGUAUCAACCUGUCCUGCAGUGAGACAGGAACUUCUUCUGUUGGACCUUCAGUGUGUUACUGUGUUUCAUAAACACGUCAGUGCUGUUCCCUACUGUGUAACCAAGCAGUGUCAAUCUACAACUAUAUGUUCCCAUGUAUCCAUUUAGCAGUUUACACUUUUUUAUUGGAUAUAAAAAAAUCUACACACCCCAGUUCAUGUCAGGUUAUACCACAUAAGAGUUUAAAUGUGAUGAAUUCAAUCUGAACUCAGCCACAUCCCCAGUUAUAAGAGGGUGUGCCCACUUGUGCACCCACAGUAUCUCACUUAUUUUUACUUCUCCUAUUGCUAAGAUUUCUUCCCCCCCAUUGAGUUGUACUGGUUGUUGCUCCCCUUAAUGGUGGAUUUUUUUAUUUUUUUUAUUUAAACAUCACAGAAACCUGCCAUUUGAACAGGGGUAUGUAGACUUGUUGUAUCCACUGUAUAAUGAAGAGCUAGUAUACAGUCACAACACCACUGAUGUGUUUACUUGUGGCUAUGAAUUUUGUUAGGCGGUAUUGUGAUGGAAGACACGCGUACAGCGCGCGCAGUACUAUCUCAUCAUUUUUAGCCUCUAGCUACCUGAUGCUUUUGUUUCUUACUUAAAACAAAAAAAACAAAAAAAUGUUACAAAGUUGAGGCGUGUAGCAGAAGAACGUACGUCUGUUUUAUUGCAAUGGAUAAUGUUUUUCCAUUGUUGUCGGUUGAUGGUUUAGACAGUUAUACUUUAAGAUAUACAUAAAUAAAUCAUAAACAAUGAAAAUGAUCAGUGUAUGAAUGGCAAUAAAAUGAAUAGAGUAUUGACAUUUUUGUAGUUGUCAUCACUGUACUUGAAAAUAUGGACACCUGAGGGCGCGCUUUCCUGCGGGAUUUUACUCUUGAAGGGCAUGCACUUUGCCAUGAAGACCUAUUAUAUUGAGUCCUAUCCGCAGUGAUUUUAUUUAAUUACAGCUCAGGUAUAGUUGAAAUGUUCACCAAUUCGUAAAACUGUCUUGAAGUGACUCAGUUCUUGCACAAACCGCUUCCGCCAUCCAUUACUUCUCUGCCCCAAAGGAGGGCCAACAGCUGGCCUCCACUUUGCCUCUUUUACUUUAUUCAUUCAGCGACGUGCUUUGUGAUCUCUUUUUUUCCCCUCAGAGCCCAAAGAGAAUAAAAGCCGUGUGAA